UCUGCAUCCGCUACCGUACAUGCACACGAUAGUCUGGAUAUUGUUUGUUUCCAUGUGUUUUUAGUUCUUUUAUUGCGCACUUUUUAGUUCUUCAUGUAGUUUUGGAGGUUGUAGGAUAUCCAUAAGACUCGUCCUUGCAGCAGUGGCAGACUUUGUGCAUUGCCGACAUAUAAACAAGCGGAAUGGUUUACACCAUAUAACGUUAUCCAGUGGCUGCGCGGUUUUUGAUAUGCGAGUGUCCUCAGGAUUCUAACAUACUACAACAGCAAUUUGGAAAAACUAGAGAUAAAGCCAUGAGUAGCGGAAAAGAUGAUAACCUCCUGAGGAUGACAAAGGAUGACCUGCAGCGCUGGAUCCAGGCAGAGGUGGAGCGAAACCCUCAUCUGGUGGAGAGACGUGAGCAGCUGGCACAGGUGGAGGAGUGGGUGAAGCAGAGGGAGAAAGAAUCAACCUACACCCGCCUUCUGUACAGCAAUGCCUGCGAAUCAGUCUUUGAGUGCGAGUCGGUGAUGAAGGGUCUUUAUGGAAUGCUGGGAUUGGACUACCGAGACGAGGACUCGGAAGAGGAAGGAGGAGGAGGAGGACCACAGGACGUCAUUCAUAUCACAGAUGAUAAUGAGGAGAAUAGACAGGAAAAUAGUGUCUGUAAUGGAGAUGAUGAUGAUGAUGAUAUUGUUGUCAUUGAUCUGGGAGCCACCAAAGAAACCUUGGAACCAAUGCUUGAAAAGGUGACUAUGGCCAUUCAGAAGUCAUCCAGACUUGUUCAGGACUUAGUCCAGAUGGUGAACAAAAGUUCCUCCAUAAGCACUGGAUCACCAUCAUCCGACAUCAGCAACAGACCUUCAUCGACCUCGACCCCUGAGACCAGCCGUUCUGAAUCUGUCACGCCAAAAUUGGAAAUGAUGAACAACUCGAUUGCAAUAGUUAAGACCGAAUCUUUGUUGAAAGUACCUGAAAUGUCCUCAUUUCUCAGCAGUUCGGAACAAUGCAAAUCUUUUGCCAGUCAUAAUUCAGAUUUUAGACCAGCGAUUAAGACUGAACCUCAACUGACAGCAUUAACCCCUUGGGAAAUGAGCAUUUCAAAACAAUACGACACCACUGCUAGUCAUAACCGUACAUCCAUACGAUUAAUUAAGACGGAGCCUCAAACGACAGAAUUAAUGCCUUGGGAAAAGAACAUUUCAAAACAUGAAACUGCUGCUCAUCAAAUUAAAACUGAACCUCAGUUGACAGCAGUGACUUCUUCAGAAAUGUCUUUGAUUCCAAGCAAACAACUAGAAACUAUUGACAGGGCUAAUUCUGGAUCCAUUGCAACAGUAAAAUCUGAGCCUCACUUGUCAGCAAUAAAGCCAGAAAUGUCUUCGCCUCCAAGUAAUUCAAAACUUUUUGAAAUGGUUUCCAGUCAUAAGUUAGCAUCCAUUGCAGAAAUUAAGACUGAACCUCAGAUGAAAGCAGUGACUCCUGAGAUUGAUUUGCUUGAAAGCGAUUCUGAACCGUCAGACAGGCUGAAUUCAGAAUUCAAACUUAAAUUAUCGAAGACUUCUAAAAUCCAUUCAGAACAAUUGAAAACUAGUGAGGGUCAUAAUUCAGAGACUGAUAAUAAUGAGACUGAUCCUCAUGUGACAUCAGAGACCCCUUCAGAAAUGUCUUCAACUAUUGCCAGUGCCGAUACAGCGUGCUUAGAAACAAAACAGGCUGAGCCCGAGUCAACCACAACGACUUCUGAAGUAUCUUUGUCACAGAGCGUUUCUGAAGAACCUGAAAAUAUUGCCAGUGACGAUACAUUAACUGAAACAAACCAGCCUGAGCCUGAGGUAACCACAGUGACUUCUCCUGAUGUGUCACCCUUGCCAAGCGAUUCUGAAGAACCUGAAAAUACUGCCAGUUGUGAUUCGGAAUUUAUUGACAAGACAGAAAAGCCAACAACAAGGAGCAAAUCUGCUAAACCUUCUGUGUCCACAACAAGUCCAACAGCCAGGCUGAGAUCUUCAAAAAACUCUACGUCUGUCACCAGCACUUCCAGCCCCGAAAAAGAAACAAAAAAGGCGGCAUCACCUGAAGAGAGUAUUGAUGAACCCUCUGACACAGAGGACCAGCCUGCUAGUCCUAUACCCAGUGAUGAACCCCCUGAAUCACCUUCUAAACCACCUCCAAACCAGACUCCAACUACCGAUGAGACCACCCACAAUGAUGAUUCUGCUGAACCUUCUAAAGAUAAAAAAAGAUCCAAGUCUUCAUCCAAGUCUUCUAAGUCUUCUCAAGCACAUAAAGAGAUGAUACUCAAGGUCAGCACGGGAGUUUUGGGGAAAAGGAAACCCAACGUGUGGUGUCGAGGAACAGUAGAAGAAGUCCAAACGACUGAGAAGGGCCACAAAUAUAAGGUGGAAUUUAAGAAGGGUAAACAGAUUCUGCUACCUGCUCAUCACGUGGCCCCUGCAAAGCCUCCUGUGCUUAAGGAUUUGUUUGUUGGUUGUCGUGUUGUGGCCAGCUACAAAGAUGAUAAAGGAAAGAUCUUGUAUAAUGCUGCCGUGCUGGUUGAGCUUCCUGAGCGCAAGAAUCGCAUGAGGUUCAUGGUGUUUUAUGAUGAUGGCAAGGCAGCGUAUCUGGCACUGCCAGACAUUCAUGUUGUCUGCAAACAAGUGAGAAAGGUGUGGAGGGACAUCGAGGAUGAGGCAUGUCGGUCGCAGGUGAAGGAAUAUCUCCGUGUCUAUCCCAACCCCAUUGCUGUGGUACUUCGCAUAGGGCAAGACACCAGGGCAGUGCGAAAUGACAAGUUUGAGUCCUGCACGGUGCUUCAGUUGGAUGGCAGCCUGAUCCAGAUCUGCUUUAAGAAAGACAAUCAAAAAGAGUGGAUUUAUAAAGGCUCAGACAAGUUGGAACACAUUGUAAAUAUUAAGAAACGUCUUUCUAAAGAGAAACCACAACAAACUGCUCUACACAAGACUCAGCAAUCGCCUCAACAGAAAUCGCAAGAAGCGCCUCAACAGAAAUCGCAAGAAGCGCCUCAACAGAAAACUCAACAGCCUGCUAAAACAGCAGGAAAUGCCAUGCCUCAGCACAACACAACUUCCUCCUCUACAAAAGUUGCCUCAGCAACUGUUACUUCAACGACUGUCACCUCAGCAGAUGAGACUCCCGCACGCGUGACCCGACAAUCCACAGUCACCAAAACACCAUCUAUCUCCCCUCAAAAUAUCAUGUCGGCAGCUUUCCAGCCGAAGGUCAUCCUCCAGAAGUUGUCUAAGCUCUCGCUCGUCUUACCAGCUGACGGUGUGUCGAAGGGUAAAUCUGCUACAGCAGUCAGUACCUCAAGUUUAAGAAGUGCAAAACGACCCGCCCCUGAUGAGGAGGAAGAGUAUGUUUCUGAGGAAGAGGAGCAUGUUUCAGAGCAAGAGCAGUCCAAGUCUAUAUACUUGUAUCAUCGCUGUUGUCCAGCAUGUCUGGAUGGGGUAAGACCGUCUCAGGCAGACAUGCAUCGUGGUCAAAAUCCUCUUCUUAUCCCAUUGCUUUUUAAGUUUCGGCGAAUGACUGCUCGGAGGCGCAUCGAUGGAAAGGUGUUUUUCCACAUUUUUUAUCGUUCUCCAUGUGGGCGGAGCCUGUGUGACAUGCAGGAAGUUCAAGAAUACUUGAUUGAAACACGAUGUGACUUCCUCUUUCUGGAAAUGUUUUGUAUGGAUCCAUUUGUCCUUGUGAAUCGUGCCCGACCCCCUUCCACAUCAACUGGCCAGCCUCACCUCUACCUGCCGGACAUCUCGGAGGGUAGGGAGGUGGUGCCGGUGCCCUGUGUUAAUGAAGUGGACAAUACACUUGCUCCUAAUGUCACUUACACCAAAGACAGAAGUCCAGCCCCAGGUGUUAACAUCAAUACAAGCUUAGAUUUCUUGAUCGGCUGUGACUGCACAGAUGGCUGUCGGGACAGGUCAAAGUGCGCAUGCCACCAGCUGACCAUUGAGGCCACGUCCUUAUGCAGUGGCGGUCCAGUAGAUGUUAGUGCUGGAUACACACACAAGAGGUUGCCAACAAGCUUGCCAACAGGGGUAUACGAGUGUAACUCUCUCUGCCGCUGUGACCCAAGAAUGUGCAGCAACAGGCUGGUUCAGCACGGUAUGCAGCUGCGGCUGGAGCUCUUCAUGACACAGCACAAGGGAUGGGGCAUCCGCUGCAGAGAUGAUGUGGCCAAGGGCACAUUCGUGUGUGUUUUCACUGGUAAAAUAGUAAACGAAGACAAAAUGAAUGAAGAUGACACGGUGUCCGGCAAUGAGUAUUUGGCCAACCUUGACUUCAUUGAGGGGGUGGAGAAACUAAAAGAGGGUUAUGAGAGCGAGGCGUACUGCUCAGACACAGAGGUCGAAAGCAACAAGAAGACCAUAACCAUGAAAACAGGGCCGUUGUGGAAAAAUCCCCUCUACCAAGAAGAUUCUAGCAGCGGUGAAGAAAGAGAAGAACCUAUGGAGCUGGCCACAGAACAAGAGGAUAUGGAAGUCUGUGAUGAGUCCUUAGGCGAGACAAAACUAUCCCAUAAGCCACAUGAAGCACCUAAAGAUGCUCAGAAGAAAGUGACCAAACAAAUAAGAGAGGACGGUCAAGAACCCUCAGGUCCAAAGCGUUGCUUUGCCAUAAAGUCCUCCCAGAGAAGAGUAAAACCCCUAGAAACCAUUGACGCACAAAAUGAGAAAAAGAGGACAGCUCUGCAUUCCAACAACACCCGCAGACUGUUUAAUGACGAGGACACCUGUUACAUCAUUGACGCAAGACAAGAGGGCAACCUUGGCCGCUACAUCAACCAUAGCUGCAGUCCUAAUUUGUUUGUCCAGAACGUCUUUGUGGACACACAUGACCUCCGGUUCCCAUGGGUGGCGUUCUUUGCCAGCAAGCGCAUCAGGGCAGGUACGGAGCUGACGUGGGACUAUAACUAUGAGGUGGGCAGUGUGGAGGGGAAGGUUCUGCUCUGCUGCUGUGGCUCAUUGCGCUGUACAGGAAGACUGCUCUGAUCUGCCCCUUUCAACAACACUAAAGCUUUCACUAAAGUGUGGGUGUUGUACACUUUCAUCAGCCUAUCAGAAAUGUAGUUGUGGCACUGUUCUGGAAGAGCAUUCUAACUAUAUGACCCAUUGAAUAUGAAUAGUAUAAUACAAUAUAUUAAAAUUUGUGUUUUGUUUGUUUUUACUGUUUUUAACCUCUACACGAAAUGUGAAUAUUCUUGUAUUCAUGUGUAAAUAAAAUUUGCAAAUAUCAAAAACUA